AUGGCGGUGCUGCUCUCCGCCGUGAGCGGGACCUCCACGGCGGGGAAAACCGCCCUGCACGUUCGCAGCACCAUCCACGUGCUCUUCGUCGGGGAUCCCGCGACGGGGAAGUCGCAGCUGCUGCGCUUUGCCGCCUCGGUCGCGCCGCGGAGCACCUCGACGACGGGGAUGGGGAGCACCACCGCGGGGCUCACCGUCGCGGCGACGAAGGAGAUGGGGGAGUUCGUCCUCGAACCGGGCGCGCUCGUCUUGAGCGAUGGGGGGGUCUGCGUGAUUGACGAGCUGCGGACCGUCUCCCCGGCCGAUCGCGCCUCGCUGCACGAGGCGAUGGAGCAGCAGACGAUUUCGGUGGCGAAGGCGGGGUUGGUAACGCGGCUUCGGACCGCGUGUUCGGUGCUUUCCGCCUGCAACCCGCCGCCGAAUCGACGGGGUUCACGCGCGACGGAGAUCGGCGUCGGGGGGCCGCUGCUAAGUCGGUUCGACUUUAUUUUUCUCCUCUGGGAUCACCACCAGCGGGAGGUGGAUGAGCGGAUCGCCGAGCAUGUGCUUUCCUGCAGCGUGGCGUACCGCCACCCGGAUCCCCCGCUCGCGGCGGAGGAGUUGGCGGGAUAUUUGUGGUGGGUUCGAGGACAGUACGCACACGUCAACGGGCCGCUCUUAUCCGACGCAGCAGCGGAUCUUCUCGCGCGUUACUACGAUAUUCAACGGCGACGGGGCGCCACCCCUUCGCUGGAAGAUGCCGUCCCCGUGACGAUCCGCUUUUUGGAGUCCCUCGUCCGCAUCACUCAGGCCCACGCGAAGCUGCACAUGCAGACCACCUGCUCCAUCCAUGACGCCUCCAUGGCGGUAUUUUUGAUGGAGCGAACCGCCUACAGCCUCAAGGUUCCGCUGCGAGCGCUGGGGGAGAACUUGUACAGCAGCUCGCUGGAAUUGGAUGAGGUCUUCUUACGGGGCGACCCGGAAUCGCUGGAGCGGCAGGAGGCGGUGCUGGCGGCCUUGACAUCGGUGGUGCUGCAGUAUCACACGUACUCCCCGAGCCCGGAGUCGUCAUCGUUUACCCACCCCACCGGCGUGGAGAACGCGAGUAAAGAUUUCUUAGGGGCCCUGACCACCCACCUGGAGGCUGAGGACGACGGGGAGAAGGAGGGGAGUCUUCUGACGCAGCGCCGUGCCGCGCAGCUUCGCAGCAUGGGCCGUCCUGCCGAGUCCGAUUCCUCCCAUAUCGCGACGCAAGAAAGUAUUCGUCAGUUGUCGCGAGAGGUGAGUAUGCCGUUUACCACCCCAUGCUCCCGCACGUGCUAUCCGUCCGAUUCCACGCACGCACGCACUACCUUUUCACUUUCUCUGAAAAAGCCACUGUUUUCGACCGAGGAGGACGCGGAUCUGCGCCCGGCUUCACCGAAGGAGACCCACCAUUUUGCCACGCCUGCGAAACUCAGCGAAGGGGCUUUGAAUGAGGGGGCCGGAGUCAAGACCCGAGGGGGAAGCUCACGGGAUCCCGCACGCGAACAACCCUUUGCGCGCGCGGAACCCCCGCAGGGUGAUGCUUCGUCCAGGGAUACGGCAGGGGAUCUGGCGCUUCCCACCGCAUCCGUAGACCGUCUGAAUGGCUCUCAGGUGGAUCAGGAGGGAAAUCCACCCCGAACCAAUAUGAAGAGGAGGCGCACCGCCGAAGAUAUAAUGCGAAGUCUGAGGUUUAAAUUUUAG